CGAACCGGAAGUGCAUGUCCGUUGACCCAGAAUCGGGUUCCGUUUGUGUGUGAUGUUGGAAUUUGAUGCUGAAUUUGGUGAAUUUUCCUUCCCAGUGGAAAAAUAACCGGGACUGUCUUUUGGAAAAACAUCUUUAUUCAAACACAGGAGUGAAUGAGAGCUGCUCGAUGUGACUCUGGCAGCCGUCGACCAUGAGUAAUAGCCACCCUCUGCGUCCACUGGCCUCCGUGUCGGAGAUCGACCACAUCCACCUGCUGUCGGAGCAGCUCGGAGCCCUGGUGCUCGGCGAGGAGUACAGCGAUGUCACCUUCGUCGUGGAGGGGAAGCGCUUCCCGGCGCACCGGGUCAUCCUGGCGGCUCGCUGUCACUACUUCAGGGCCCUGCUGUACGGCGGGAUGAAAGAGUCCCAGCCCCAGGCGGAGGUCUGUCUAGAGGAGACACGAGCCGAAGCCUUCUCAAUGCUGCUAAACUACCUGUACACGGGCCGGGCCAGCCUCAGCUCUGCCCGGGAAGAGGUGUUGCUUGAUUUCCUGGGCUUGGCUCACCGCUACGGCCUCCAGCCACUGGAGGACUCCACCUCCGAGUUCCUCCGCACCAUCCUGCACACCAACAACGUCUGCCUGGUUUUUGAUGUGGCCAGUCUGUACUCUCUGAGCGCACUCAGUGCUGCCUGCUGUGCCUAUAUGGACAGACACGCACCUGAAGUGUUGAAUUCUGACGGCUUCCUUAUGCUCUCCAAGACUGCUCUGCUGACUGUGGUCAGGCGGGACUCGUUCGCUGCCACUGAGAAAGAGAUCUUCCAGGCCUUGUGUCGCUGGUGCCGUCAGCACGUGGAGGGAACCGACACCCAGGAAGUAAUGGCAGCAGUUCGGCUACCCCUUAUGACUCUGACAGAGAUGCUGAACGUGGUGCGACCGUCCGGCCUGCUGAGCCCAGACGACCUGCUGGAUGCCAUCAAGACCCGCUCCGAGAGCCGCAACAUGGACCUCAACUACCGUGGCAUGCUGAUCCCAGAGGAAAACAUUGCCACCAUGAAGUACGGAGCUCAGGUGGUAAAAGGGGAGCUGAAGUCGGCGCUGCUGGACGGAGACACCCAGAACUACGACCUGGACCAUGGCUUCUCCAGACAUCCCAUAGAAGAGGACGGCCGGGCCGGCAUCCAGGUCAAACUGGGCCAGCCCUCCAUCAUCAACCACGUCCGCCUGCUGCUGUGGGACAGAGACAGCCGGUCCUACUCCUAUCACAUUGAAGUAUCUAUGGAUGAGCUGGACUGGGUGCGUGUCGUGGACCAUUCCAAGUAUCUCUGCCGCUCAUGGCAGAAUCUUUACUUCACUCCAAGAGUUUGCAGGUAUGUUCGCAUUGUGGGAACACACAACACAGUCAACAAGGUCUUCCAUCUCGUGGCUUUUGAAUGCAUGUUCACCAACCGCUCAUUUACCCUGGAGAACGGACUUUUGGUUCCCGGUGAGAACGUGGCGACCAUCGCAUCGUGUGCCAGUGUCAUUGAGGGUGUGAGCCGUAGCAGAAAUGCCUUGCUCAACGGUGACACGCGCAACUACGACUGGGACUCCGGCUACACCUGCCAUCAGCUGGGCUCUGGAGCAAUCGUCAUCCAGCUGGCUCAGCCCUACUCCAUUAGUUCCUUGAGGCUGUUGCUGUGGGACUGUGACGAGCGCUCAUACAGUUAUUACAUUGAAGUCUCCUCCAACCAGCAACAGUGGACAAAGGUGAUCGACCGCACCAGGGUGGCAUGUCGAUCAUGGCAGACAUUGAAGUUUGAUAAGCAGCCUGCUUCCUUCAUCCGUAUUGUUGGGACUCACAACACAGCUAAUGAGGUGUUCCACUGUGUUCACUUCGAGUGUCCGGCCCAGCUGGACACAGAGGUUAAUGAAGGCAGCCCGGGCCUGGACUCCUCUGAUUCUGGGACCGCCUCCCAGCAGACGCGACCCCAGCGACCUUCACGCACUCACAGCCUGUUGCCCUCCCAGCCCCCCUCCUCCUCCUCAUCAUCCUCAUCACAGUCCCAUCUUUAGGAGUCCUGUCGUCACCAUUAUUGGAAGGUGUUGAGAGGAGGGGAGACCUCAGAAUGCCAUUUUUGCACAGCCUUCAUCAUCCAGACUGCACUGCUACAACGCUGCUAAAGGGCGAUCGUCUCAUUGUCAUAACCCAUGGUUCGUCUGUCAUAAGUGCAACAUUAGAGACUGGUAUAUCUGUAGCAGCAGUAUUUAGGGCUCCAGUCUUCCCAGUUUUGAAACAGAAAGCUAGGUAUUACAUCCACUGGCUCUUACAUUUUUGUGAAGGUACUUUUUAGCUACUAAGACUCAAGUUUUUUCCUUCAAAAUCAUCAAAGUGGAAUCUUUACUUCUCCAAAGAUAAGGCACAUACUGAACUGUGGUUAUACUGUACCACCAAAGAGCAGUAAGACCAGGGUGUGUGGGGGGCGGGAGGGGGUUGCUAUCUGAAUUUUACGAGUUAAUAUUUCCAAAAGAGAUGGAUUUUAUCCUUAAACAAGCUAUUUUUUUAAGAAACUGUCUUAAACCGACUCUACUCACUUUUCAUACCAUCAAGAUAACAGAGUAGCAGUCAAGUAUUUUUCAAAAGUUUGGAAUUAAAUUCUUCAAACGGUUGCCAAAACUGUGGAGCUAAUGCAUUCUGUGGCAUUUAUAUGCAAUUUGCACUUAAUCCAAUUAUGCAUUUGCAUAUUCAGUAAUAGCUGUUGAGUAUUUGUUGACAGGCUUUCACACCCGAAACCAAAAUCUGUGGUUCGUAUGUGGUGGGACUUUUUGAUAGUUAAAAUUCAUACCUCAAGAAAAAACCUCACUAAAGCUAAACUUAAAUUGAAUUAAGUGUCUUAAUUUAGUAUUUUAAGCACUUGAAUAGCUUAGCAUAGGUGAUUUGGGGGAAUCAAUUAGGUUGUGAAAAUUAGGGCUGAGGGGCUCGGACCAAAUUAUGUAUGCACUAGGGCUGUGAAGAAGAAAGUUUAUAUACAGUAGAUUAAUGAGCAGCUGCUGUUGGCACUUUAUUUUACUCAAGUACACAGAAAUAAAGUUUGCAGCUUGGGUCUUCUGACUGAAGUACAGUACUGAAGUGCUGGAUUUGGUAACUUUCUGUUUGUAUGUUAAAUUAAUUUAAACACUUCCUCGCUCGUGGAUCUGUCAGGUUUGAGCUGUGUUUUGUGUGUUUUUUUUUUUUUUGGAAGUUUGUUUUUAAAUUAAGCUAUCAGCGCUGUGGUUCCUGUUUGUUUUCCUUUGUGUCCUGAUGUUGCACUUCUGAGUUGUUUGUCUUGAAAAACUCCUUUGUUUCAAACCUUUUAUUUGAUGUUAAGUAACCUGAAAUACCUAACUACCCUGGGUGACCCGCUGAUGUUUUUAUAAGCAUUGUUUAGUCAUCCCAAUCUACAUUUUAGAAGAUUACCUAUAGUUGGAUAAAGUCUUCCUUAAUAACUAACUAGAGAACUGAAAUAGGGCUUUGUUCAGGUUACAUUGUAAUAUAGAGAACACACUCCCCACCCCCCCAUCUACCUUUAUGUAUGUGUAUAGUUUUACUUAAUAUAUAUAUAUUAGUUUUGACCAUUGACGUGUGAUUGCAUUUCACUGCCUCUUGUUCAAUACAUUGCCUGUCAAAAAUGUGAUUAUGAAACAACUGACAUUGUUUUAUUAAUGUUCAUUGCUGUGAGGGGUCACACAGCUUGCCUGAAUCGCUGCUGUUAAACACAGUGGAGGUAUUUGAAUACAAGCAAUACAGUGAUCUCUAUCUUCUGGAGAGCCUCUGUUACAGACCAACAGUAGUGAUUGAUCAGUCAACAUGUAUUCAUCAUGCUCCAGACACUGAUGCCCUGGUAGAUCUCUGUUGAUGUGUAAUGCUGCCCAAGGAGCUGUUUUAUUGUCAUAAAACAUUUAAAAACAUCUCAUUUUGAACCUCA